CAAAAUGGCGGCUAUCGAAAGGGGCAAAGAUGCAGCAAUCUUUCACUUUGACGUUUAUAUAGAAGAUUGCCUGAAAUUUUGUAUAUAGUUACCGGUAGAUCAUGCGUUAUCUUCUAUAGAUUUUAAGUUUAUUUAAGUCAUGGAAAUUGCAGACUUCCCAAAUUAGCAACAAGUACCAUGGAGACAGUAUUAUUGAAACCCAAGGACAUCCUUCUUCAUAUGUGCCAAAGUGAAGAAAAUUUAUGGACACAGAGAGAUGCAUCAGAAAGUUCUGUUAGUACAGAUUUGGGGUCUAGUAUUCUAAGGGAAUGUAAAUGUCUGAGGAAGAUCCAUGACCACUUUAGUAAUCUCAAUAAAAGAAAAUGUUGCAUGAGUUUGGCUGUCUGCAAAACAACCUUCAGUAAUUUCAGAGUGGUUAGAAAUGAUGGCAGAGAUAAUGGGAUCGAAGAAGGUGCAAUGUCUAAAACCCUCAUUGACAACUCACAGCUGGUGUCUGAACUAGAUGAAAAGGAAUUUAGAGUGUUUAGAUAUGCCUACAUGUGUGCCUCCUAUCCUGUCUUGGGUGCACCUGACCCUCCAUCUCCACAGACACCACCUAUUACUCCAACAGGUCAAGGACACAUAAGGAUACAGUUCAAAGAUUUAAAGUCACAGAUAAUGAGAACACAAUCUGGUGAUGAUGCAGAAGAUGAGACAUCAAUUGUCCCUGCUGAAACCCUCUUUGAAUUGUUGAGGAGGGUAUUCAGGUUAAGUCCCAAUACAUUUUACCAGUAUGAAGUCUAUAUAAGAAAUUCCUAUGGCAAGAGAGAUGCUGAACCUAACAGAAUUUUGGCAGAGGAAUUGGUUGGACAGUUAGCCUCACUUGAAAACAAUAGCAAUCCAUAUUACACACCAAAACACUUUAUGACACAGUUUGGAUAUGACAGAUGGCAGAGGAAAGAAUUUAUUCACAUUGCAGAACUGAUGAGGAAAUUCUGGCAUGUUGCCCAUCCACAUAAACGUAACAAUCAUAUACAGUUUCUACAGACUGUUCAUGAUGAUUAUGUAGUACUCAUGGAGAAAUUAUUGAGGUAUGAAUCAGCCUAUAGACAAGCUGACAAUACACAAACCACACUAUUGUCAUCAGCAUCAAUCAGACUUUUGAAAGAAUUUGGAUUACGAUACGGAGUAGGAGAGUUGUACAGAAGAAUAGUCUACUUACGAUACUUGGUCUCAAACUUUGACCCUUCUGUCUGGUUGAUUCAGCAUUGUAUAUUUGGAGUGAUAUUCGUUUUAGAAAUUCUACCAAACCGUGAAGAUAUGGUCAGGAAAGAGUUGGAAAUUCUAUGUGACAGUAUCAAGAAGUUACAAAGUAAAGCACUGACUACCUUAUCUAACAUGAAGAGUGUUUUCCCUGAUAAUAAGCCAUCAAAUGGUAUAGAUAUGCUGAUAAGCCUGAUGGAAAAAACCUUGGAGGCGCAAGUUCAUUUGAAAAUUCCAAAAGUUGAAAUGCUUGAUGAUCUCAUUGUGCAAUGCAUAAAGGAAACCUUCCUCCCAUCUUAUGAGAAAAUGAAGCUUGUUGCAAAAACAGAUUUGAAACAGGAUAGAAAUGGCUACCUUACUCCAUCACUGUUGAAUAUGGUAAUUGGGAAAAUUCGAGACGAAGUUAGUCACUACAGGACAUAUUAUCAAGGGACAUUUAGCAGAUAUUGUAAUGUCACAGAACUAGCUGCACAAAGUCUUUACACACUGUUCAUGGAUGAUUUACAACUGUUUUUCAAAGUUUAUGAUGCUCAGCCAACAAGUAAGACAAUAGAUAGACAGUUGUUAGGAUUGGGGUAUAGACUACAUGACCUUGACAAUGACUGGAACCAGUAUGUAUCUGGACAUCCAAGCUCUUAUUUAUGGAGAGAAUUUUUCUACAAACAGUCACUUCACUGGCUAAGUAUAUUGAAGGCACUCACACAACAAAGUGUACUGCUAGCAGUAGGAUUAGAUCGUUUUACUACCCAGUGCUUUGAUGAUAUUGGAUCAACAUACCAAGUAUCAUUAAGCUCUGUAUCCAGUCCCAGAGAUAGAACAAUGUCUUUGAAAUCAAUAACACCAUCCAUCAACAGUGCAUUCAGUGGACUAGUAUCAUCUAACUCUACACCAGUUUACAGUAAUAUUUGGAGUCAUCCUGGUGACGUAUCCCAAUCAAAUGUACAAACCUCAGCUUUCAAACCAAAAACUUCUGAAUCAAUAAAGACAACCAGCUCUUUCAACCAUAGAUAUAACCCAGAGACAAGAUCACUCGAUGGAACAGAGGACACUGAACAUCAUUUAAUAGAAGAAGCAGAGGCUGUCACAUUCAGUUCACUUAGGUCAUGUAGUUCACUUCCAGAUAACCUCAGCAAAAGUUACGAUCAUUAUUUGAACGUUCCUCGAAAAGUGCUCAGUCUUUCACGUCAAAUUGACACCAAUCAGAAUAGACAGUCUGAUGAGAAUCAGGAGAAUGAAGAGAGAAGUAGAACUUUGGCUGAAAAGAUAAUGUAUGAGAUUUCUCCCAUGGAGGAUUAUAGAAGGGAACAUGAAAGUGAAGAAAAAGAAAUCACUAUAAUAUUGGAUAAAAAGAAAGACAAAAAUAUUAAUCCAAUAAAAAAAGGACAUAAAAUUGAAGUUGUUGACAGUUCAAACAGUUUAGAAAAUGGUGACAAAGAAGAUACUGCUAAAAAAGUUGAAAGUGUUGAACAGUAUUUCAAAACAGACAAUUUUGAAAAUGAUUUCAAAAGAGGUGAUGGUAGAAAAGAGAGUGUUGAACAUGACAAUAAAAUAGACAACUUUGAAACAACUGUCAAAAUAGAUGAUGUUACAAAAAUAGAAUGUGUCGAAAAGGAUUAUGGAAUAGAUAAGGUUAAAAUUAAUGACAAUGAAGGUGUUGUAAAUGAUAAAAACACACACAAUGAUGAAAAGGGAGAGAAAGCAGACGACAUUGAAAACGACAUCAAUGAAGAUGACAUUGAAAUGGAUCAUACUGAUUCAGAUCAUUCAGAUCAUUCAGAUGAAUUCAGCUUCCCUCCAUUGUCUGAAAUUGCUCAAACUGAUGACCAACCUAGUCUUUACCAAGAUCCUGUAAAAACUGUGAUAAAAAAUGUUGUACAUGAGGAACCACGACCUAUUAAAACUGUACCACUGGUUCCAUAUUCAGAUUCAGAUCAAAGUGAAAAUGUUGGGAACAUAAAAACUGCCAGUCCAAAACUUAUUAGGCCAAUAGCUCAUAAACUUAAAGCAGAACCAGCUGUUAGAUCAAUAUCGUCGUGUAGCAAUGCAAGUUCAAAGGUGAAGAAAACUGCUGUUCUACCUGUAUCUGGUUCAGUUCUGGAUAUAGUUGUUAUUUUACAAAGAUUAGUGGAAUUCAGUCAAACAUUAUGUCAGUCAUUUGUUCAGAGUGUGUGGACAGUAGGGACAUACCAAAUGGCUUCUAUUUCUUCUUAUGAAAUGAAGAGGAAACUACAUGAAACAAAUAUAAAGAUGAUGAACAACAUUCUUCACUUGUAUGCAAAUAACAUUUUAUGUUUUGACUUGUGUGGAACUACAAAUAGUGAGGCAAGGAAGUUAACUGGUUCCUUGUUAAUGGAUGACUUGCAGACGAUGAAAUCAAAAGACAUGAUCUGGGGAUGUCGUCAUAAUUUGUCUGGCCAGAAAGAUUGUUUCCAUUAUCUAAAGAGUAAAGCAGAGUUGUUGAGUGAUCGAUAUGAACCUGUUACUAAGGAUAUGUGCACUAGGAUCAAUAAUGUGUUCAUGCUAUUGGAAUGUAUAGAUGUCUACUAUAAAAGAUUAGGAAACAUUUUUAAAGUGACAACAGAAGUCACACAUAGAUCACAGCAACAGAAAAGCACAGAUAGUGAUGAUUGGAAGGAGCAGACGUCCCAGAAUCCAUCAGAUUUCUGUCAUAUAUCACAUGUAGUUAGUGUAUUGUGUCGAAUUAUGGCCUACAGGAUAAAUUUAUUUGUGAAUGAUGCAGUGACUGUAUUACUAUCCCUGAAGAGACUAUUGGUACCAGUAGAAGUAUGCCUCUUACCAUUAACACAGUUCCUACAGUCUUACAUUAACUCAUUACAAGAAUGGUUAUACAGAAGCUGUUAUAGAAGAGUCAUGGAAUUUCUCUGGAUCUUUAUAGUCAGAAAUUUUGAGAAGCAAGUGUUUGAGGUACUUAAAGGAGAUCAUGGUUCUGUAGAAUAUGCUCAGCUCUUGAUACAAGCCUUUACGCAUCUAAUGAAGUUUAUGACAGAACAGAAGAGAACCAUCAGGGUUUCACUACUCUUACCUGAAGCAGAAAAUGUAAUGUUCAGGCUACAACUUUGUGCUACAGCCACCAAUCAGCUGAUUACUCUAUAUAGGCAUGUCAUAGAUUAUUACAAUGAUGACGAUUGCACAGAUUUUACAGUACACUUGAUACUUCACAAGCUGAGAGAAGAUUUACUCAAGUAUAGAAAAUGUUUCAGUGGAUCAGAGUUUGUGAAGUGGAUAAUGGAGAACCAUAACUUGAUUAAACCACUGAGUUCACAAUUAGGUUUGCCUACAGAUUAUAUUCUUAUAAAUAAAGAAAUAGCAGCAUUAAUGUGCAGGAGAUUUUUGGAAAGUAACCUGAUAGUAGAUGCAGAAAUCUAUGAUGAACAUGAUCAAGAUAAUAGACUGGAUCUGGAUACAAGCCUUGAUGCAACAAAUUAUCCUCAAUUGAGCAUCAUGGAAAAUGAACAAAAUAAUAGAAGGGGAGAUAACUCAUCAAUUGAUAGUGAUGCAACACCAACUGAUACAUAUCCAAAAACUCAAUAUCGUGUACAUGGCAAAACUUUAGUGUCGCCUGCCCAGCUACCAAGACAGGCAAACAGAAGCUUUAAUAAACCAGUCUUUCAAUUAUCAUGUGAUACACCAAUGUCUUUCAGUACUUUAUUCAACGAGAGUGAUGGGCCAGUAUUUGAAAAUUGUGAUAAUCAUUUUUACUACAUUGCUACCAUGACAACUCUCCACAAUGCAGAAAACCAUGAACCUCCAUCAGAGUUAGACAUUCUAGUAGACCAAUGUUUCCAAAGUCAUAUUUCUUCCAAUUAUUUACUGCAUAUUAUUUAUAGUCGUAGAAAAUUUGAUUCCUGUGCCAAGGUUUUUCUUCAGAACCAAUCAGCCUCUGUUCUGAGGAAACUUAAAGCAGAUUUAGAAGAUCACACUUCGUGUGAAAUAAGUUAGUUUUAUUGGAGAAUCUAAUCAUAAUUGAUUUUUAUUUCUAUCAGAUACAUUCAUAGGUGUCAACACUCAAAAAUUUAAAAAAAAUUAUAUUUGUCAUUAUGUCCAUAGGAGAGUUCUAAUUUCUCUCUUUCUCUCUUCGAUUAAAAAAUCUCUUAUUUCUACCCCUUUCACCUUUGUAUUACUUUAAAUAGUUGUUGAUGUUAAAAUGAUACAAAUUAUUUACAAUGCAGUUAUUGCUAUCUGAAAUGUUAACCUAAAAUAGGGUUUGACGUCUUUAGCCGAACCGUUUUAUCAUUUUCACAUUAUUCUAUUUAUUGUGUGCUGGUUCAUAUUCUGGGCGCCAGUCUUUGCUCCUUUUUAAUAAAAUCCACAUAACAAAAAACCAAAUAUGAAGCUAAGAAAUGAAAAAAUGGUGGCCUUCCGCUGUUGUAUGAUCUAUGGCUGGGUUGUUGUCGCUUUGACACAUUCCCCAUUUCCAUUCUAAAUUUAUAUACUUAAUACAAAUUCAAUGACAGAUUUAACAAUAGAAGUGCUUAAGAUGUUGACAUCUAUGGAUAGAGCUUACAAGCAGAUUCAACUUUAUUAUAUGAAUAUGCCACAAUGCUAAAGUUGCAUAAAAAAAUAUAAAUGUGCAUCUUUAUGAGACAAUUUAGAAUAAAAGCAAUUAGUAAUAUGUUCAUGUAUAUCAGAUAUAAACAAAUUUUGAUC